AGGCAAAUGUCAAAACCUCCCAAAACCGUGACCGUUCAUGGCGCCCUCCUUCCUCGGACGGUCGGACCUCCUCUCCACCACCCGCAUCCUCGCGCGCGCAUUCCCAUCCGCGCUUCGCCUCAGACGUACACCACCAACGCCAGCUUCCCCUCCCCGCGUUUGGCCACCGCCACGAGUCAUCACAACGCGAAAGAAUCGACCAAUUGCUCCCCGGCCGGACAAACAAUGGCGCCGAGCAAGCUCCGUAAGGCGCUGGGCGCGGUGAAGGACCAGACGAGCAUCGGGCUAGCCAAGGUGGGCAGCGGCAGCGGCGCCGCCUCGACGGAGCUGGAGGUGGCCAUCGUCAAGGCCACCAAGCACGGCGAGAGCUUCCCCGCCGACGAGCGCCACAUCCGGGAGAUCCUGGCGCUCACGCGCUACUCCCGCGCGUACGUCGGCGCCUGCGUGGCCUCCCUGUCGCGCCGCCUCGGGCGCACCCGGAGCUGGGACGUGGCGCUCAAGACGCUGGUGAUCGUGCACCGCCUCCUUGCCGACGGCGAGCCGGCGUUCGAGCAGGAGCUCUUCUACGCGACGCGCCGCGGCACGCGCAUGCUCAACAUGUCCGACUUCUGCGGCCGCGCCCGCGCCGACGCGUGGGACUUCUCCGCGUUCGUCCGCACCUACGCCGCGUACCUCGACGACCGACUCGAGUACCGGAUGCAGGGCCGGCAGGGCGGCGCCAACCGCUGCAAGCUGCUGCGCGACGAGCUCUACCGGUCCCCCGGCAGCCGCUUCAGCAACGACGGCGCUAACGAGAGUCGACGGGAGGACGCGGCGGCCGAUGCCGACGCCGACGCCGACGCCAAGGCGGUGGCGCUGGUGCCGAGGGACACGCCGACGAGCGAGAUGACGCUAGAGCAGCUGCUCGGCAAGGUCCAUCAGCUGCAGCAUCUCCUCGACCGCUUCAUCGCUUGCCGCCCCGUGGGCGCGGCGAGGACGAACCGGGUGGUGACGGUGUCGCUGUACCCGCUGGUGAAGGAGAGCGUGCAGCUGUACUGCGAGCUCACGGAGGUGAUGGCGGCGCUCAUCGAGCAGUUCCCGGACAUGGAGACCGCGGACUGCGAGCGCGUGCACGGUGUCUUCUGCGGCCUCGUCAAGCAGAUCGACGAGCUCGAUGCCUUCUACGCGUGGUGCAAGGACGCCUACGUCUGCCGCCAGUCCGACGUGCCGGACGUGGAGGUCAUCACGCAGAAGAAGCUGGAGCUCAUGGACGAUUUCAUCCGUGACAGGCGCGGCGCCGAGUCGCAGCAAAAGCUGUCGCCGCCGUCACCGGAAUUGCCCAGCCCGGAGCCGGAGGCUGAGGAGCUCGACAUGAGCGCCACCAGGGCCCUUCCGGCGCCUGCGGAACCGCAACCGGUGCAAGAGGAGCACAAUUCCGGCGAGGCGUCGCAUGCAGAGCAGGAGCUACCACUGAUCGCCACCGGCGUGGUCGAGGAAGAGGCGGACUUCUUGAAUUUGAAGGCGGACGCCAUGUCCGGGGAAGAACACGGGCAGCUUCUCGCUCUGGCGCUGUUCGAUGGCAACCCUGCCGGAUCGGCGCCGACAUGCGACCUGUUCGACACCUCGUCGGCGGACUGGGAGACGGCGUUAGUCGAGUCGGCGAGCGCGCUCGUGAACCAACGCGCGGUGCUCGGGGGCGGGCUCAACAUGAUGGUCCUCGACGGUAUGUACAACCACGCAACGGCGGCGAACACACAGGUAUUCUCAGGCAGCGCAAGCAGCGUGGCUUUGCGGCCGCCCGGUACACCCAUGCUGGCACUUCCUGCGCCGCCGGGGAUGUGCAGCGUCGCAGCAGGUGCGGACCCCUUUGCGGCGUCGAUGGCAGUUCCGCCACCAACGUAUGUGCAGAUGUCUGAUAUGCAGAUGAAGCAGCAACUUCUGACGGAAGAGCAGAUGGUGUGGCAACGUUAUGGCAACAAUGGUAUGCAAGGGCAAGGGGCCCUGUCAAUGCUAGAACAACGGCCUCCCGGUGUUUACCAUCGUGCUUCUUAGAAAUUGAAACAUUAAUUGUCUGUUACACAUUUUAAUUG